ACCAACUAUUGCGCGCAAUUAGACAGCGGCCGUCUUUUCUUCACCGGCGAUUUCUCCCAUCGUCUCUGCAAUAAUCCCAUCAAAAACUUCGAUCUCUUCUUCGAUUGGAUACUCCCGAUCGAAGGCACUGUGUGAGUUUUAGCUUCUGAUUUCUAUCUUUUUCAGUAUUUAGGUCGAUUUGAGGUCGAACCCGGUCGUCUCUGGGAAUACAGUUUAUUUAUAAGGAUUCAAACUUAUAUAUCGUGAGCACGAUUCCCUCUUUGCUUCUCUAUAUUGCAAACUCAUCUUAUUGUAUUGAUUCAUUGACCUGUUGGCGUUUGAUGAUUUCAGUUCAUCCGAUUUUAGGAUUUUCUGAUGCCUUGGUAAUAGAAUAGCAACUUAUAUUUUCAAAAACUACAAUGCAUUUUCAAGUUUUCUGCUUCUCAUUAGGUUUUUCUGUAUAACUCGGAUUUUUGUAAAGAUAUAUUCGAACUCUUAUAUGUUGGUGUGUUAUAUUUUGGUUUGUUGUUUCAGUGAAGGAGAUCAUGAAAGUCAAGAUUCUGAGUAUCCAAUAAAUGUCAUAUCGUUUUAUGGCUUCUCAGUUACGGAGUAUUGAAUAAGUUAGAAUUCAAUUUUUGAUUUUUUAGCAAAUGAGAUUUGUUCUGCAUAUGAUUAUAUACUGUGGUUGAUCAUGACUGUUCGACUAUCCACCUAUGUUGAAAUAUAGUUUGUUUUUCAAGAUGAAUUCUCAUUUUGUCUAUCUUUGUCUUGUAUUUGGAUUCAGAAUUAUGAUAGGUAGAAGCAUUUCUUUCUCUCUUUUUUGUUCUAAAAAUGAAAUUUGUAGACUGAAAUCGUACAUUGCAUUCAUUGAAUGAGUAUAUGAAUUGCAUGUUUUAACUUAGGUCUUGAAUUUAUAUCAUCAGCGCCGGCCUUAGUCUCAUUUGGUUGGGCUCAAUGACGCCGUGCCCUCCGUCCCAAAAUGAAGUUCAUGGGCUUUGAAUUUAUACGGAGUAUAUUUUAAAACUACAUCAGAAGAUCUGCAAAAAGGUGACAUGACCGUAAAUUUGACCGAAUAAGUGACAAAAAGAGGCAAAUGAAAAGAGGCAAACACAGUGGAUAAAGUGUGUCGUUGUGAAAAGUUAAUGAGAACUUCAUUUUAGUUCAGAGGGAGCACUUCAGAUGCACUCCUUAUUCGAACCUUCAAAAAAGGAAUAGUGAGAUAAAAAAAUUAAGAACUGUUUUCUUUGUAGCUACUUAAAAAAUAACAGGAGAUGACAAUGAGGUGAGAUAUUUGCUCAUCACGUUUCAUUACAAAUUAAUUACUCCUUAUUUUGCUAUCUGUUCUUGAAAAGAGCACAUUGUUACUACGGAGUACUAGAAAAGAUUUGAUUUCUUAAGAUGCAUUUACUUUUGGUUGCAAUAAUGUUUACUUCAGAUUGUUGUUGUGUACAUUAUAAACUACUCCGUAUUAUUGUUGUUGCAUUAUAUUUUUGUUGGUUCAUAUUUUAGAGUUGCUCUCUGUUACUUACAUGCACACAUGGACAAAAUACUACUUGAGAAGUUGAGAUUCCAUAAGUUCAUAGCAUUUUAUGAUAUAAACUCAAUUGUUGUUUUUGUGAAACAAGUUUACCCUUGACCAUAAAUUUUGCAAUGUGCUAUUGGACGCUACAAAAAGAGUGGCAUGCUGUUGCCUCAUGGACAUGGGAUGCACAGGAUGAAACUUGUGGGAUAUGUAGAAUGGCGUUUGAUGGCUGCUGUCCUGAUUGUAAAAUCCCCGGGGAUGAUUGCCCAUUAAUUUGGGGAGCUUGCAACCAUGCAUUUCAUCUCCAUUGCAUCUUGAAAUGGGUGAAUUCGCAAACUUCUCAAGCUCAUUGCCCUAUGUGCCGAAGGGAAUGGCAGUACAAAGGAUGAUGAUGAAUUGAUGACAAACUUUGUUUUCUCAACACAUUUUCUAACUUCUGGGUACGUCUCUGUUCUGUUUAAUCGCGGUGGCAAUGAGGCGACUAAGAUUAGUUAAACGAAUGUAGCGUGUUAUCAAAUUGAUAGUUGUACACUUAAUGCAGAAGUGAAAGACCAAAUAUGGAAAUGAUCUACUCAAAUUCAAAUAUUUUUUGAAUUGUGGAACUAAAAUUGGCAUUUUUUU